AUGAGCUUCAGUCCCCGAAGCCCAAGUGCAGAAGACCAACAGAAGCAAGAUGAUGCUGCCUGGGAAGAGCGCAUACAGCAGCUUGUCGAACUUCCCAACCCAAGACCACGAGCUUUAACGCCUGAUGAUACGUGUUCCGACGCCCCAGUAGCACGUUUUCAGGAGUCUUGCCAAUGGUUUAAAAUACCACCAAACAUACGCAGGGACAUCCUCCGAUUGGCGUUUGGAGAUGUGCGUCUCCAUCUUCAAUUAAUCCACGGCUACCAAGAAGAUACUUUUGCUGAAGAUCCUGAUCAUCCUCGACAAGGGUGGCGAUGGACGAGCUCAAGGUGUCAUCGGCUCUCUUCGGAUGAUAUUGCGCAAGGGCAUGCCAUGACCAACGGUGGUCUUCCCGGGCCGUGGGCCGAUGAUUGUCGUUUGAAAGGUGCGCCUAUCGGUAUAAUGGGAUGGAUUUUAUCAUGUCGUCAAAACUACUCCGAGACAAUCGAUAUACUCUACUCAACAAACACGUUGAUCUUGAAUGGACAAGCAAUGAUGAUUCAUCUCCAUCAAUUGAUCCCAUCGCAAAGGCUUGAUACUGUGACAUCUCUUGAAGUCAGAUGGUAUUUCAAAACACGCUUCACCUCGUGGGACGACACAAUCGACAGGCUGGACGAAGAUUACUUGGAAACUGUCUUUAGUCAGCUAUCCCCACCGUACUUCCCAGCAUUGCGCAACCUGUACAUCACUCUCGAAGAUUCUUCACAGGCUCGUCUCUCUUGGAAUGCGCAAAGCGAUUACCGAAGCAUUAUUUACGAACACUUGGACAAUUUCUCAAAGCGAAUGAGUAACUUAAAACAGCUUUCUUGCGCAUUACCGUCCUUCUUCUUGGAUUAUCAUUACCGUAGCGCAACAGAAGAAAUUCGGGAAGGAAUCGCUAUACAUCAUGAGUCAUACAGGCAGUUCUGGCGUGGUGAUGAUGGUAAACUGGCUGCUGUUCGGUUACCAUAUGUUGAUAGCUAUCCAGACCCGCCACAUCAUUUAGUCGUGGACGAUACGAAGCGUCAUGGCUAUUGGAUACUUGAGAUACCUGAUGAUUAUUGA